AGUUGGACAAUCAGUUGACCAUCAUUGGUAGAACAUCUUAGUAUUGUUUGUGCUAUGCUUUUUAACAAAUGUUAACUGUAUCAUUAGCUUUUCUUUCUCUUUGUAAAAGAAAUGGUGUGGUUGAGAACGAAGGGGGUUUCCAUUAUCUCAGCUACACACGCAUCUUCUAAAAAUGACGAGGUGUCACCUUACUGUGGAUAUUUAUAUCGCUGAAUUCAUGGGGAGUUGGUUUGAUGCCCCCUUCCAACCCCUCUGCCCUCUUUUCCAGUCGUUCCCUGUCUGUCUGGCCUUUGAACCUUGUGUUCCCUAUAUACAGGAAGGGUGGAGCUUCUAUAUUCUCCAGAACGUUAAUGAAGCUCCAGUCACAGGGCGAGUCCGUCUCAUCCGAGAGUCUUCCAGGGCCCACCACGGCCCCACGAUCCAGCGUCCCACCCCAUAACCCAACACCCUCCUGUUCACCAACAGAAAAUACACCAAAGCAGGACCUGAGACCUUCAGCAGUUCUAGUCUAGGGUCCUCACUGUGUUACAAGGACAAGCAUGGCUGACAAACUGGGACUUGCAGGUGUGGCGGACGAGCCCAGCGCCCUGAACAUCUUCACUCUGCUGGAGAGGGUGUCCGGGAUCAUAGACAAUGUGCAGGCGUGCCAGCAGCGCAUGGAGGAGAGACAGCUGGAGCUGGAGAACACCGUGAAGAACAUCCAGGCGGAUGUCGUGAAGUUGACGAAGGAGCACACAGCAACGAGUGGCACUGUGGAGAAACUUCUGGAGAAAACGCGCAAGGUCAGCUGCCACGUCAAGGAUGUCCGUGUCCGGGUGGAGAAGCAGAACAUACGUGUCAAGAAGGUGGAGGAAACCCAAGUCGAGCUGCUGAACAAGAACAAGUUCCGUGUCGUGAUCUACCAGGGAGAUAAUGAGGUCCCAGCUGUAGCUGGCCCCAAAGCCUCUCCAAAGGGAGCAACGGGCGGAGAUGCUCACACAGACCCAGAUGCACCGGAGGCCCCGCUCCCAGACUCAGAUGAGGAAUACAUGGUCGUUGAGGAGGCUGACUCAUCUACUGCUGCCAAAAUUAAGAAGACCGGCCUGAAGCGCAUUGAAAGCCUGAGGCAGACCUUCUCACGUGAGAACAUGACUAAGACCAAAGAGAACCUGGGCACCAAGGUCAACAAGCUGGGUGAGCGCAUAGUAACAGCUGAACGACGUGAGAAAAUCCGCCAGUCCGGGGAACGGCUGAAACAGUCUGGGGAACGUUUCAAGGAAACCAUCACGAAAACCGUGCCAGCAAAGCUGAACCUGAAGAAAGAAAGGACGGUGGCCGAAGGUCAGGAAGGAGCAGAAGGGACCACGGAAGGAACAGCACCUGUCCCACCACCCAAGGGCCGCAAGGCCAGCCCUGAUGUGGCCUACACGGAGCCAACAGAGAAACAAGAAGGUCCAGAUGAGGGCAAGGGCGAGGAAUCGGAAGUGCCGAUGUAUGAUAUGAAGCAGCUUUCUUAAACAGCAAGUCUGACAGUCACAUUUGGGAAAGACUAAUGUACAGAUAUGAAUUAGAUUAUGGAGAACUUGAAGGUGGAAAGAUUGGAAAGAUCAGAGAUCUUGCUUCUGAGUGUGGAUCAGUGGAUUGUGCUUGCGACAAUUGAAUGAGCGAAUUGAGGAAGUUGUACACUACAAACAAUAUCCAUAGAGUUUUUUUUUUUCUUUUGAUUUUCCUGUUUACAUCUGUUAUGGACUAUGAAGGGUUAUGAAUGUUAAACCAAUGUACUGAGAUGACUAGGCUAUGGUUUUUAAUUUAAAUUCGGCUAAAAUUAGGGUGCACUCACUGUUGUUGUUUUAUUUUUAUCUUUAUUCUGCCACCUAUGGUUGACGCAUUAUGCAAAAGAGAAGGUUUUUGGAAACAAAUACUCUUCACAGAUGUGUCCAACAAUACUACAAUAAUACUACAGAUAUAGUGAUUAGUGUUCAGGCUGGUCAUGUGAUUCCAAUAUGGCGUCCCCCAUAAUAGGAGACCCACUUAAUGUAGAAUAAAACAGCUUUAUGUAAGACAACUGUCUCUCGCUAAAAAUUACUGAGUGCACCUUUUAGGAAUUGCAUAUUAAUUAAUUAACAUUUUAUUUGUUAGGCAUGUGUAAAAUUACUUUGAAUAGCUGAAUUUAUAUGAAAAAAUGUACUAAGACGGAUAACAGAAGUGCAUUUUGGACUUUAUCUGGAGAACUUCGAAUAUAUUCUGGUGUCGACUGACAUCCAGCAUGUCAACAAUGAAUGAGUUUAGAAUUAAAUUUCUCAAUUUAGAUGUUGUAGUUGUUUUUGGAAUAUAACAUUAACUGUGCAGACAAGUCAUUUAUAACAACAUAUUUUUCUGUGCCUUUCUGUUUUGUUCAUGUAAACUAUAAAAAAACAACUUUUGCAAUCUAACCUUUAUGAUGAACCAUCACUAUUCAGUUGUAGUAUUUUUAAAUAAACAUUUUAACUCAA